UGAAGUUUCACUGCCGCAAGUUUGCAAGUUCAGUGGAAGUUUCAGUGCAGUUUGUUGAGUUUCGGUGAAGUUUCGUUUUGGGUAGAGGUUUGGUGGAAGUGUGAGUGCCACCGAGUGGCGCGAGGAGGAUGAGUAAUCUUCGAAGUGAUGCGCCCCAGCCAGUGAUGGCUGGGCAAACGGAAGGUGGGGUUGCACGUGUUCCCGGCGAGGAGAAAGGGAUUGGGACCAGAUUGAGGGACCAGGCUGCGUCCAUGGCAGAGAGGUUCGACCCGGUGAACAUGAUCAAGGAGCAUGGGUGCAGUUGGGCUCACUACUGUCAUGACAUACGGCGAGUGAUCGAAACCCACCAUUUCAUUGCGAAACUGAACGAAGAUUUCAUGCAAUGUCUGGUGUAUGACUCGGAUAAGAAAGAUGCAAAGCUGAUUGGCAUCGAGUACGUCGUGUCAGAAAAGUUGUUCUCGAAUCUUCCUGAUGAAGAGAAGAAACUGUGGCAUUCUCAUUAUUACGAG